GUUGCAGGGGUUUCUUAUGAUUUACACCUUCGGAAUAUCUCUCUGUUUUCACGCUUUUGCAAUUAAACGAGCUUCUUUACUUUAAUCCCCACUCUCAUUUUUGCUAAAAUUUUCCUGCUGGAACUGCCCUCAUCCUCAUCUCCUUUUUAGAUUUACCCCUUAAUCAGCCCGGAGCUCCAAAUGGACCGGUGAGUUCCUCUUCCUACCCGCAGGCCUCGCGUCGUUGCCCUGAUUUUAUAGCUGACCCCCAUGUCGUUCGUAUUAGCCCCUCGAGAGCUCUACGACGGAUUGCUCUGGAGCGACUGGCCUCGCUAUCGGCCAAAGAACCUCAGCCCGCUGCCUCCUCUGACUCGAGCUCGAACCAGAAAAACUCGGAUCUUGAUCGUCUGGCCGAGGGAUGUAUUGCUUACCGUCCCACGCUGGAUGGUGCCCUUGCCGAUAACGACAGCUUGAACAGAGCUGGAACCCCGCCCACACAAACCGAGACCUCUCAGAUUCCCAUAGUUAGUUAAUCGAGUAUCAUACGAAAGCUCUUAUUUGUACUAAACUGCUUUUCAUAGUCAUUGCGUGAAUUCGAAGUGUUGCUCGCUCUUUGUAACGCAGCGCCUCUUCUUCAAACCCAUGAAAGCGCAGAACGUCUUCGUCGCCAGCUCUCGCCCUACCUAGUCGAGUCGUACAACCAGAAGUUGUCAUCCUCUCCUUUCUUUCGCGAUAUAGAACCUUCGCCAUGGGAAUGUCUUACGUCUCGCUUGACAAGUGCACUUCUAUCCUUGGGAUUGAAGUUCCCCUCUCUACGGGAGAAGAUCAUUGACACCAUUCACACAUACUUGGACAAUGCUGUGGCUUCCUCGGCUAUCGAGCCAGACGAGGGCGACGCGCUCGGAUUUGCUCCGCCGGCGCUUUCGUUCCUUGGCUUCCUGGACUCCUGCACCAGGCAAGUCAAUUUCUGGUUUCCAGACGAACGUGUGUCUCUUAUAUCCCAAAUACGGGAUGUCCUCUCCGAAAACUACCUCUCCAAUAUUGAGGCCAUUUUUGCCACAAUCCGGAACUCCGAUUCUCAGGAAGCCCACCUCAAGCCAUGGAAAGCCCAUGUUCGCCGGUAUUCUACCGCUGGAAAGCCACUUGGCGCUAUGCUGAUACGGCGAGAGUAUAUGAAACUGGUGGCUGCGGCUACUUCCCUUAUGGUCGUGGAGGAACCCGUUCUCCAGGGCCAGGAAAUACUAGACACCAUCAUGUCGGAUCGUGAGGUCUCGGCCAAAGUUGAGGAGGACCCUUCUACUAUCGAAUUCUUUGUUGAAGUCGCUUCGGAAAGCAUAGCCCUGAUAGAAGAGGGCGUGGAAUAUGCUCGCAGUGAAUGGCAGCAGCAGCUUGGGUUUUCUAUGAAAGCCUUGGCCCUGGUCACAUAUUCCAAUUGCCUUUUCCUCAAUGAGAAUAUCGCGGAUUUGGAGCAGCUUCUUAAAUGGUUAGCAACAACCAUGUCCGACGGAGUACAAAUAUCCCACGAGGAGCUCGCUAGUACUGUCUUGAAGCUGCUGUCUAUCUUAUCAAACAAUGACCCCCAGUCCACCCCCAAUUUCGUUAGUACCUUGCACAAGUUCAUUGUCGAGGGGUCAGGUCCCACCAAUCAGAGCACCGUGAUAGUUGCAGGGAAAUGCUUAGCAUACGUCUUGAAAUUUUUACCGCAAGAUGUAACUAUCACGACAUUAAAUACUCUGGGUCAUGUCCUUUCGUCCUCCAAUCCAGAGCGUGCAUUAAAAGCUGAGAGAUUGCAACCUUUUGAUCAGUUGACCAUGGGAAGUACGUUGUCACUCACCUCUACCGGAGAAGAAGACAGACUAUAUGUCUAUUCAAGCAUCAUUGAGACCAUUGUUGAGAUUGUUGACGGCUGUAAGGAUGAAAAGGUGAGCAUAUUAAUUACGACUUGUGAUAUUCAUCCAAUUGUACUAAUAAAAUGUCUAGAUGGUCUCUUUGGGCCAACAUAUCCUCGUACAAAGACUCAAUAAAGUCAACACGGCGGUCAACGCAAAAAUCCUUACCGGGCUCGCAUCUUUAGCCUUAAAAUCAUCUCCCACAGAUUUCAAGUCCGUGCUGCAAGUAUAUAACAAGAUGGGCACUGAUGCGGUCUGGCAGGACGAUACUAAUAUAAUUCGUGCUGUAAGUCAUCAAGAGCUCCCUCUCUCCUCCCUCACAAUCACACCGAAUCACACCGAAUCAUUCGGGCUAACUGCCUGAACUAGAUCUCUGAUGCAAGAAUGGUACUUGCCACAAACUUGACGCGCGAGUCACAAUUGUGUGACAUUUAUUUGAAUGAUAUGCUCGAAUCCGCUGCUGCCAUUGGUGACCCUCGCGAGCCCGAAGGGAAGAGGCAAACAGAUGCUCUAGUUAGUUCUCUUUAUCUACAAUCGAUCCCUUGCCGCGAUUAUCGAAAAAUGGCUAAUUAGCCCUUGUAGUUGGCGGCCCGUGAGAUUCAUCAACUAAUUCCACCUCUCGCUAAACUACUCUCAAGCAAUGGGCCCGACGUGAACUUUGCCAUUCGCUACGGAUUUGUUUCGCUUCUUCGUGACUUCUGGUUCAACUGCGCCCUAAAUGGCAUUCUUUAUGAUUCGGAAGAGGCAAAGAAGUACACAUCAGAACUCCGAACCAUUGCGCUCUAUACCCCGCCAUUGGUCUCCGGAAUGGAGGAAGAUGAGAGUAUCGACAGCGACCUGGGUGAGCAGUCCAUUCUUGCCCGGAGCAUGUCUCCCCAAAACACGGUGGAGCACAAGAAACGGCUUCUUGCCCUGGUCCCUUCGGAAGAGAUCGGAAUCAGGCCCCUUUCCCACCCUCGAGCUAUUUUCCUAGAAGCAGCCUAUACCCUCGAGUCUUUAAGAGCAGAAGCAGGCGGAUGCUCUAAAGUCCUUGCCUACUUCAUGGAAGCCGGCUUCAAGGCUGGUGCAGGCACUAGCUGCAUGAUCGCAGUGGCAAGCAGCGUUGUGGAUACAUAUAUUCGGAGAGUUCUAGAAGGAACCUAUCCGGAAUUCUCAGCAACGAGAGCCGCCGAGGAGUUGGCAGAUAUAUUUGUUGGGUGCUGCCAUCGACUCGAGAGAAUUCAGAUUAUUGCUAUUGGAAUCGCUGAUCGCAUUAUUGAUGUAAUGCCUUCAGCGCUCUGCCAAAAAACUUCUCUGUUUGCUCUCUUGGAGUUACUCACUUUGCUAUGGCUGAGCUGUUUGGAGGAAGAGACUGACGAGUAUACCACUCGCUCCAUCUUUACUUCGGUGAAAGGAGGGGUUUCAGUUGAACUGCCGGAUUCUUAUGUAUUCCGACGCAGGUUGCUGAAAGCAUUUCAGGCCAGAGCAAAAGCGUGGGUUCUUCAGGUUUUGAAUGUGGCCCCGCUUGAUGUCAAAGGCCUUAUGCAAACCUACCUUUCCGAAUUCGAAGAUGAAGGCAGUCUAGGACAUGUAUCCCUUGGUCGAUCUUUUGCCGUGGAAAUUGGUUCUGCCGUUCCAAGCGGCGAUCAGAGGCUAGCAUCAAUCGACCAUCGCCGGGAUUGUGAUGGCAACGUUGCUUCUGAUUUUGUCAUGCAAUACACAACUCGCCAAGCGUACCGCCACACCGAGCCAGCCCUCGAGUAUCAUGAAGAUUGGCUAAGCAUACGACCUCUUGUGGACUCUGCGAACUCCUCCAAUGCCCCAUCUAUCAUGCGACCGGAUUCUGCACAAGCCCUUUUGUCCCAGAUGGAGAGCAAGGACUACGAAAAUGAGUUUGUUCCCAUCGGAGAACUUCGCGAUAUGCUGAAGAGGGCUGCUGCACUUGUAUGUCGUUCGGAGAAGGAUCAGGGAGCGCUUAUCCGUGGCCUUGUUGGGAUCCCCUUCGCUGUGUUUAGCAAGAAAUCUAUCAACCUUGGUAUCUCACUAUGGACAGGAGUGAUCCAUGAGAAACCUCGCCUCCAAUCAAGAAUUCUGACGGAAAUUGCAAGGAAUUGGGAAAUGACUGUUGAGAAAAGGAUGGGUCUGUUCUCUGAUAACUUCACGAGCCGUGAUCCCUUCGAACUUAGGAUGGAAUAUGCGCCACCGGACAAGGAACAACACCUGAUCGAACAACAAAAUGCCUCCGAUCUACUCUCCCCCCAUUUGAAAUUGCUGCAUAUGCUUUCCAGUCAUUAUCAUGCCAACAGGAACGGAAACCCCCACAUCCAGAAGAUAUUCUUAAGAUUGGUUCGCGUAUCGCUGGCAGGACUUCACCACGCUACAAGCCACCCACUUUCAAGGGAAGUUAGGUUCAAGUUGGUCCUAUUUGGGUUGCAGGUUCUGAAACACAGUACCGGAUUGACCGAACGCCAGCAAUGGAGACUCAAAGACCAAAUCCUUUCAGCAGCUUUAACAUGGUUCAAAUUCCCUCCACGGUGGUCCUUUGGGGGAAAUAAGCUGCAGGUCAAAGCGGAGGCUCAUCUACUACAAGAUGUUGCGAAUCUUCUACAGAGUAUGGCCACCAUAUCCAGCACAACCAAGAACAUUAGGGAAAAGCAUGAUUUACUAUUGAUGCUUGUUGAAAAUGAGUUAACGAGACUGGCAACAUGGCUUUAUCCCCUUGACCACUCAAGAAAGCAUCACUUGUUACCCUCUCAUCCAGCUAGACCGACCACCGAUAAUUCCAUUGCCGUCGUUUUACCUACGGCCUGGCGUGAAGACCCAGCGGUUGCUAUUCAGCUAACUAAACGUUUCCAGUCACCAAGGCUUGAUCAAGACAUCAAGAGGUUUAUAAUGACAUAUCCCGAAGCAGUGGUAGACCAGCCAGAUGCACUUCAGAUAAUGUUAGGGGAUAAGAUUUCUAGCCAACUGAGUUUUCAAUUGAAGGUUGGAACUGCUGCUCAUAUUUUAAGCUUGAUCGCCACACACUAACCUGUGAUUUAAUAGUACCUUCUGUAUUGGGCUCCAGUCAAUCCAAUCACCGCGACCACCUACUUCCUGCCAUCGUAUGCGAAUAAUGCUUUCGUCCUGCAAUAUGCCAUGAGGGCGCUGGAGACCCAUUCGAUUGACGUUACCUUCUUUUAUGUCCCGCAAAUUGUACAAACCUUGAGAUACGAUACAUUGGGAUACGUUGAGAGAUUCAUCCUCGAGACGGCUAAGUUCUCACAGCUAUUUGCUCAUCAGAUCAUCUGGAAUAUGAAGGCAAAUGCGUAUAAAGAUGAAGAUUCCCAGACUGUGAGUUUUCCAAUGACUUGAAUGCAUUACCAUGACCACUGACCCCAAAUUAAGCCCGAUCCCAUCAAGCCAACUUUGGACAAAGUCAUGGAUCAUCUUAUCGGAAGCUUUUCCGGCGCAGACAAAAGCUUUUAUGAGCGUGAAUUCUCCUUCUUUAAUGAAGUUACCUCGAUUUCCGGAAAGCUUCGCCCUUAUAUCAAGAAACCCAAGCCAGAGAAAAAUCAAAAGAUCGCCGAAGAACUAGCUAAGAUUAAUGUCGAUGUCGGUGUUUACUUGCCUAGCAAUCCUGAUGGGGUUGUUAUCGAUAUCGACAGGAAAAGUGGUAAAUCGCUUCAGAGUCACGCUAAGGCCCCCUUCAUGGCUACUUUCAGAAUUAGCAAGAAGGAUAUCACUAAUGUCGCCAAAACUGAGAAUAUGAGUCGCAACGAGCGGCGUCAAGAUUCCGUCUCCACUGUAACCAAGGAAUUAUGGCAGGCGGCGAUCUUCAAGGUUGGAGAUGACUGUAGGCAGGACAUGUUGGCCCUGCAGCUUAUCUCGACGUUCCGAAACAUCUUCAAUAGCGUUGGUCUGGAUGUUUGGGUAUUUCCUUACAGGGUCACUGCGACCGCCCCUGGAUGUGGUGUCAUUGAUGUCUUGCCAAAUUCCAUAUCUAGAGAUAUGCUGGGACGAGACCAUGAAAUGGGAUUGUACGAAUACUUCAUCAAUAAGUAUGGUGGCGAAGAUUCAAUCAAGUUCCAAGAGGUAUGUGUUUUGGAGAAUUCUCCCCGCCAACAUAAUAUUGACCUGAAAUAAAGGCAAGAAACAACUUCGUCAAGAGUAUGGCGGCAUAUUCAGUCAUCUCGUAUCUUCUAAAGUUUAAGGAUCGCCACAAUGGAAAUAUCAUGAUUAACGACGCUGGGCACAUCAUUCACAUUGGUGAGUUAACAAUGCACCGCAAACCAAAUGUAUCCACUGACCCGAAUCCUAGAUUUCGGGUUCUGCUUUGACAUUGCCCCCGGUGGUAUCACGUUCGAGCGUGCCCCGUUCAAGCUCACAACCGAGAUGAUCUCUGUCAUGGGCGGAAAUACAGAGUCUCAAUCAUACCUCCGGUUUGAGGAGUUAUGUGUCAAGUCCUUCCUGGCUUGCCGUACUUAUGCCGAUAAAUUGACACAUUGUGUUGUGCUGAUGUUGGAUAGCGGGUAGGCUUUCCUUCACAAUCCCUAAUACAUCAGAGUGUUGACCCUUCCAAACCAGAUUGCCUUGCUUCAAACCGGAGACAAUCCAAAAUUUCAAAGGCCGCUUUGUGUUAGAUAAGAACGAAAGGGAAGCGGCGGACUAUAUGAGAUAUCUUGUCAAGAAGAGCUACGGUAGUUAUUCCACUGCUCAGUACGACCGCUUCCAACACUUGACAAAUGGCAUUCCGUAUUAGAAGACUCUCAGGGCAUAGAGAAGGACAGGCUGAGGAGAGGCGUUGUAAACAAAAAAAAUCACGUUCUUUAGCCUUUCUCUCUCUUGUAGUCGCUAUUCGUAGACGUUGUAAUUUAUUCCUCGCGUUUCCUCCU